AUGGCGGAGACACUGGACGGAGAUGACCCCUGUACCCCUCCCCUCAACUCCUCCUGUAGGUCGAUGCCUGUUACUCCCGGGGACAUACUCAUCGAAACCCUGCUGUACUGCAUCGCUCUGCUCACUGUGAUGCUCAACCUGUUGGUCAUCAUCUCCAUCUCCCACUUCAGGCAGCUCCAGACCCCCACCAACCUCCUCAUCCUCUCCCUGGCUGUGUCUGACUUGCUCGUGGGCGUUGCAGUGAUGCCACCUGCGGUCGCGGCGCUGCAGUCCUGCUGGUUUCCGUGCAAAAUCACGUGCGCUCUGUCGGGCUUCAUCCUCACCUCCUCCUCUGUCGGGACCAUGGUGCUCAUAUCAGCGGAGCGUUACGUGGCUAUCUGCCACCCUCUGCACUACUCUUCCAUGAUAACGACAAGCAGAGUUAAAAUCUGUGUGUCUGCGUGUUGGUCCUGUUCCGUUAUCUACAACUUAAUAAUACUGAAAGAUCACUUUUCACAAAUAGAUAUGUCUGAUUCCUGCUACCAAGAAGGUGUAGUUAUCAUAAACUACAUUCCAGGGUCAGUCGACUUGAUUCUCACCUUUUUCGGGCCUGUUACUGUCAUCAUAGUUCUUAAUAUGAGAGUGUUUGUGGCGGCUGUGUUACAGGCACGAGUCGUGCAGUUUCAGAUUGCAGGCAUCAAAUCCAACACUGUGACGGUUAAGAAAUCUGAGAUGAGGGCCGCUAGAGCUCUUGGUAUCGUCCUUCUAGUGUUUAUACUCUGUCUCUGUCCAUACUACAGCCCUUCUCUUGCGGGGCAAGACAACGUGGCUGCUGAGUCACCAGCUAAAAUGUGGCUCUUCUUUUGUAACUCCAGUUUCAACCCUCUGAUCUAUGCCUUUUCCUACCCCUGGUUUAGGAAAGCGGUUAGACUCAUUGUCAGUCUACAGAUACUGCAGCCAGGUUCCUGUGAGGCUAAGAUAAUGUAGUGAAAAGCAAUAUCCUGAAUUUUAAGGAGGUAAAUUCAGUCUAAUUGAAGGUUAAGGAAAUUGUUUGGUCAGUUCACAACAUCUUUAAUGAAUACAUUAAAAGCAAAAUGUUGUCACAUAUGACUGUAUUUACUUUACUAGGGCAGCAAAAAGAAACAUAUUCAGAAUUUCAACCACUGUAUGUUUGAAACAACCU